AUGGCUCAUUCGGUAAGUUUGUGUAUUUGUUUUGAAUAUAUGUUUACGAUAGUUUCAGAGUCAUAGGCUGGAUAAAAUUGUUUUUGAAUAUGUAUUUUUAGAUUAAUAUGUUUAUGAUAUUUCUAGAUUAAUAUGCUGGAUCUUAUCAAAGCUUGUGAAGCUGAAAGUGAACUCGACUUUCUUCAGGAGUCGUUUGUUCUGACUGACGAGCAGAAGGAAGCUGUUCUUCAACAGCGCAUUAUAUUUUGGACGAACGCGAUGGCCGAAGAUAUUGAACGGGAGAAUCCGGUUGCCGGAGUUGUUGAUGGCUUCAUGUAUAAUUGGACCGAGGAUCAACGUCGCCUGUUCAACGAAGACUAUGCCUACGAACUAAAAACUAUGCCUACGAGACAAGCACAGACAAAACAGUAUGCAAAGUUAGAGGGAUCACCUUAA